ACACCUCCGCGGUCCAGCCUCCUUCUCUUCUCCCCCAAUUCAACCGGCGUCUCUCAUCAGACCCCAUCGAUCGCCUCCGCCCCACGCCACGCACCUCCCCUCCGCGGAAACCCGCGCCCAGAAGCAAAACCCCGCCGCCCCGCCUCCGCCCCGGCGAGCCGAGCCCCCUCCGCCGCGGCGGCGGGGACAGGAGAGGCAGAGGGGCGCCGAGGCGGAGAUGGGGAACAAGAUCGCGCGGACGACGCAGGCGUCGGCGACGGAGUACUACCUGCACGACCUGCCCUCCACCUACAACCUCGUGCUGCUCGACCUCGUCAGCCGCGGCCGCUUCCUCAAGUCCGUCCUCUGCAAGCACGACGAGGGCCUCCUCCUCGUCAAGGUCUACUUCAAGCGCGCCGGGGAGCCCCUCGACCUCAAGGACCAUGAGCGGAGGCUGGAGCGGAUCCGCAGGGCGUUCCAGGGGCUCGAGGGCUCCCACGUCUGGCCCUUCCAGGUCUGGUUUCAGACAGAUAAGGCAGCAUACCUCCUGAGGCAGUACUCCUACAGCAAUCUGCAUGAUAGACUUAGUACACGCCCUUUCCUCAGUCAAAUUGAGAAGAAGUGGCUUGCUUUUCAGUUAAUACAUGCUGUGGAGCAGAGCCAUAGCAAGGGAGUUUGCCAUGGUGACAUAAAAUGUGAGAAUGUACUGGUUACCUCAUGGAACUGGCUAUACCUCACGGACUUUGCGUCUUUUAAACCAACUUACAUCCCGGAUGAUGAUCCAUCUGAUUUUUCCUUCUUCUUCGACACUGGAGGAAGGCGACGAUGCUAUCUCGCACCUGAAAGAUUCCACGAACAUGGUGCCGAGUCCCAAGUUUCAUCAGAUGCACCUCUCAAACCAUCUAUGGACAUAUUCUCUCUCGGGUGCGUUCUUGCUGAACUUUUCCUGGAGGGUCAGCCGCUUUUUGAGCUUUCACAACUGCUUGCUUAUCGGCGUGGCCAGUAUGAUCCAACACAUACCCUAGAAAAGAUACAAGAUGCUGGUAUCCAAGAUAUGGUACUUCACAUGAUUCAGUUGGACCCCAAAGAAAGGCUAUCAUGUAAAAGCUAUCUGCAAAAAUAUGCAACUGUUGUUUUUCCAACCUAUUUUUCAAGAUUUCUGCACAAGUUUUUCUUGGAUAUUGUUCCACUUGGCUCAGAUGCUAGGAUUGAGAAGACACAGGAAAAUUUUGAAAGGAUACAUGACAUGAUGAUAAGUGGCUUAGCAUGUGAACAAAUUCAAGUAUCUGGGGAGAAAGGCAUUGGAGGACAAGCUGCAAAUUCACCGAGAGAAUCUGCCCAAAGCGCAUCUUUGGUUAAGAUAAACAUUCCUGGAGACCAUCGGCAGAUUGUUGGAGACCUCAAUCUCCUUCUCAAGGAAGUUGAGCAAAGGAACAACCAUGGAGACACAAUGGUCUCACGUGCAAAUGGUAUUGGGCCCUUGCAGCAGCCUAAUGAAACACAAAGUCAAACUACAAGUAUCUUGGCAGCUCAGAACGAUGAUGUAUCCCAUGUGCACAAAAUCUCCAAGAGCAACUUACUUGCUUUAGUGUCUGGUUAUGAUGCCCAAUCAGAUACCUAUAGUUUUGACAUUUUCCAACAGACACACUCCAAGGUGAGCUGUGAAGGCAUGGUCUUGCUUGCCUCAUUAAUAUGCUCAUCCAUACGAAGUGUCAAAAAACCAGAACUGAGAAGGGCCAGUCUCAUUCUUCUGAAGAUCUCUUCCACAUACAUAGAUGAUGAUAGUCGCUUACAGCUGGUUGUUCCCUAUGUUAUUGCAAUGCUCUCAGAUCCAGCUGCCAUUGUUCGCUGUGCUGCUCUGGAAACCUUGUCUGAUGUUCUGUGUCUUGUUCAAGACUUCCCUAUCAGUGAUGCAAUGAUAUUCCCCGAGUAUAUCCUCCCGAUGCUUUCUUUGCUCCCAGAUGAUGCAGAGGAGAGUGUUAGAGUUUGCUAUGCUAGUAACAUUUAUAAGCUGGCUUUAACAGCUUAUAGAUUCCUGCUUCGUUCUCGGAGCAUAGCUGAUACUGGGCCUCUAGACAAAUCAGUGGUGGCUGCUGCAUCACAGUCUGCAGAUGCACCAGCAAAGAAGAAGGAUGAUAAAAUUGAUCGUCAACUUGCACGUCUGAGGAGAAAUAUUUAUGACAUUGUGCAAGAGUUGGUGAUGGGACCUAAGCAGACACCUAAUGUCCGCAGAGCUCUCCUGCAAGAUAUAGGUUAUCUAUGUUACUUCUUUGGGCACAGACAAAGCAAUGAUUUUCUUCUUCCUAUACUCCCAGCAUUUCUAAAUGACCAUGAUGAGCAACUCCGUGCAGUUUACUUUGGUCAAAUCGUCGUUGUUUGCUACUUCAUUGGUUCAAGAAGUGUUGAGGAAUAUCUCUUGCCCUAUCUUGAACAGGCACUAAGUGAUGAUAUGGAGGCUGUGGUUGUAAACGUGCUUGAUUGCUUAACCAUGAUGUGCAAAAGCGGUUAUCUGAGGAAAAGGGUAAUCGUUGGCUUAUUUGGGAAGGCCCUUCCAUUACUAUGUCAUCCAAUUCAAUGGGUUAAAAGGUCUGCUGUAAGGCUUAUUGCUGCCUGUAGUGAGAGCUUAGGGCCUGUAGAUACUUAUGUGUACCUUUCUCCACAUUUAAGGCAAUUUCUACACAGGGAGCCACCUUCAUUGUCUGAAACUGCUCUUCUUGCAUGUCUUAAGCCUCCAGUCUCGAAAUCAGUCUUAUACCAAGCUUUAGAGCUUGCCAAGGACACAGGAGAGGUUUUACUGAAGGGUGAUGUUAAAAAGGAACAGAUAUUACAUGGUGGAAGAUAUCCUGCUGCAACACAAAGUGUGUCCUCUGCGGCUCUGGAAGAUGCUGUAAGGUUGAGAACAUCUACGUUGGACAUUAAAGAUUCAAUUUCUUCAGAUAAAUCGUUAUAUUAUGGCUAUGCGCCACAUGCAUCUGCUGGGAGUAUUUCAUUUUAUGACGGACUGUCUAAAGGAAUACCAUCAUAUUCUGUUAAUACUGAUAAGCGUGGUUUAGGAGAAAUAUAUAUGCCCUGGGAAUCCAACCGGCAUCCAGGUUUAUCAAGUUCAGUUCAAGGCUUCCAGACCAGAGAGAAUCAUUUCAGUAGCAAGCAUGGUGAUUUAAGCAUCAGCGACCCAAGGAAGAGCAGCUCCCCUGUGCCAGGUGAUGGUAGUUCCAACUCUGAGACAGCAGUAUCGCCCUCCUUCAAUAGAUCAUCAGUGGCUCUGGAGACAGGUUGGAAGCCUCGUGGAAUUCUAGUGGCACAUCUCCAAGAACAUCGCUUGUCUGUCAAUGAUAUUGCUGUGUCAGAUGACAAUUCCUUUUUUGUGACGGCUUCGGAUGACUCGAGUAUUAAGAUAUGGGAUACAAGAAAGUUGGAAAAGGACAUUGCCUUCAGAUCUAGGUUAACCUAUAGCUUGGGUAGUAGCCGAGCUCUAUGUACUACAAUGCUUUGUGGUAGUUCUCAGGUCGUUGCUGGUGCUAGCGAUGGCACAUUGCACUUGUUUUCUGUCGACUGUGCACGUGGAGCUGGGAGUUCUACAGAGAGGUAUUCUGGCAUUGUUAAUGUUAAAAGGAAAGAUCUGAAAGAAGGUGCAAUUCUCAGUGUUGUAAAUUGUUCAUCAGAUAGCUUUAGCCCAACCAUCCUUUUCAGCACAGAACAUUGUGACAUCCAUAAAUGGGAUACAAGGUCCAAUUCAGAAUCUUGGUCAUUUAAAUCGUCACCGGAGGAGGGUUAUAUCUCAGCACUUGUGAUGGGCCAGUGUGGAAAUUGGUUCAUCUCAGGGUCUUCAAGAGGUGUUCUUACGUUGUGGGAUCAUAGGUUUUUGCUGCCUGUCAACUCAUGGAACUAUUCCACAGUAAGCCCUAUAGAGAAAUUGUGCUUGCUUAUACCACCACACAACUCAAUAUCUUCUACUGGAAGACCACUAGUUUUUGUGGCCGCGGGCUGCAAUGAAGUCUCCUUGUGGAAUGCUGAGAAUGGUAGCUGCCACCAGAUGUUUAGGACAGCAGGCACCGAGAAUGAUGCUGUUACGCCAAAGACACCAUCAAAACCUCUUAACAAGACGACCGCCAAAGACGUGAGGCGGGCAGGAAACUACAAGUACAGAAUCGAGGAACUGGCCGAUCCGCCCCCACGCCUUCCAGGCAUCCGGUGCUUGCUUCCUUUGCCAGGGGGAGAUCUGUUGACCGGGGGAACAGAUUUGAAGAUACGCUACUGGGACCAGGCCAGACCUGAGCAAAGCUUCUGCAUCGCCGGUCCUUCAGCGAAAGGAGUUGGAAACGACGAGUUUUACGACAUACGAUCCAGCUAUGGUGUACAGGUUGUGCAGGAAUCGUGCAAACCGCCUACACCAGCGUCCCGGUUGACGCACAAGACGCAGCUUGCGAUGGCCGCCGCUGAUUCUGCCGGCUGCCACCGGGACGCGAUCCUUGCGUUGGCCUCCGUCAACUUGUCGAGCCAGCGGUUGAUAUCGGCCAGCAGAGACGGUGCAGUCAAGGUGUGGAAAUAGCUACUCCGGCAUGGGUAAGCCGGCGCCGUCUCCCACGAUGAGAAGCAGGCAGGCCCCUCGGUGUACAUACAUAUUUAGCCUCGUGACACAGUAGAACGUAUAUAUCACGACUCACUGUUGUAGUGUUGUACAUAUGACGAGGAUGUUAAUCAAUACAAAACUGGAGGUUGCUAUGCAUCCAUUCCCUGGUCAUUUGGGUUAGCGUAAAAAUCAGUUGUUUGUUGAUACGUUUCUUGCACCGGAACACUCUGUUUUAGUUUAGGCUUGAGAUUGACGAAAAGGGGAUACUUCUUGAUGCACGUUGCGAAUAAGAAAUACUAGUAUUACUAAUGCUGUAUAUAGAAACUUCAUAGUCCAUUCUA